CAGCUGAAUAUCGAGCAAAAACCAUGGCAUUCAAAUUCAUCGUAUUCGCUGCCUUCGUAGCUGCUGCUCAAGCCAGUGCUAUUGGCUACGCCACCCCAGCUCUGGCUAUUGGUGCCCACAACUCCGUCUCCAGUUACUCCAGCAUCCAACAACAUGCUCCAGCCAUCCAGGCAUAUGCUGCCCCAGCAGUGCACGCAUACGCUGCCCCAGCUGUCCAAACUUAUGCUGCUCCAAUCGCCAAGACCAUCAUUGUCGAACCGUCUGCCCCAGCUAACUACGAUUUCGGGUACGGAGUAAAUGACCCCCACACCGGAGAUAGCAAGAGCCAACACGAAUCCCGCCGUGGUGAUGUUGUCCAAGGCAGCUACUCCCUCAUCGAAGCCGAUGGUACCAAGCGUACUGUAGACUACUCUGCUGAUGCCUACAACGGUUUCAAUGCUGUUGUUCACAAAGAGCCGGCCGCCGUUGCUUUGAAAGCCGUAGCUCCAGUUGUAGCUAAAGUAGCUGCCCCUCUCGCCUACGCUGCUCCAGUUGCUCACGCCUAUGCUGCGCCAUCUCUUGUCCAUGAGUCAGUUUCUCACACCCAAGCUAUUGCUCAUGGAUAUGCGGCUCCAGCUCUUGCUCAUGGAUAUGCUGCUCCAGCUCUUGCUCACGGAUAUGCUGCCCCAGCUCUUGCUCAUGGAUACGCUGCUCAUGGUCCAGUAGUAGCACAUAACAUUUGGUGAUUUUGAAUGUCAUGCAAUUUGUGGAGUUUGUAAAUAGUGUAUUUAUACAAGAAAAACGGAAGAGAAUAAACGGAAAAAAGUGGCUUUUAAAA